GUCGGCUGCCGGUGUACGUGGUGCCGCGCGGGUGACUCGGCUCCAUUAGGAGCGGCCUGGCGGGGAGCCCCCGGCCGCAGCAGGAGCGCCGCGCGCCUGGCCGGCAAGGAUGCGGGCGGAGGGGGGCCCGCGCGAGGAGGGCCUGGAGCGGUUCACCAGCCCGGGCAAGGGCCGGGGGCUGCGGGCCCGGCAGCGCUUCGCCCCGGGGGAGCUGCUCUUCAGCUGCCCGGCCUACACCUGCGUGCUGACCGUCAGCGAGCGGGGCAACCACUGCGAGUGCUGCUUCGCCAGGAAAGAAGGAUUGUCCAAGUGUGGAAGAUGUAAACAGGCAUUUUACUGCAAUGUGGAAUGUCAGAAAGCAGAUUGGGCUAUGCACAAGCUGGAAUGUUCUGCCAUGUGUGUUUUUGGGCAGAACUGGAAUCCCUCAGAGACUGUGAGACUGACCGCGAGGAUUCUUGCCAAACAGAAAACCCACCCUGAAAGAACACAAUCAGAAAAAUUGCUUGCUGUAAAAGAGUUUGAAUCACACCUUGAUAAACUAGACAAUGAAAAGAGAGAGCUGAUUCAGAAUGACAUUGCUGCUCUUCAUCACUUUUAUUCAAAGCACAUAGAGUACCCUGACAACGCUGCCCUUGUAGUCCUCUUUGCACAAGUUAAUUGUAAUGGCUUCACAAUUGAAGAUGAAGAACUGUCUCACUUGGGAUCAGCAAUAUUUCCUGAUGUUGCACUGAUGAACCAUAGUUGUUGCCCAAAUGUGAUUGUAACGUACAAAGGGACCUUAGCUGAAGUCAGAGCUGUUCAAGAGAUUGAACCUGGAGAUGAGAUUUUUACUAGUUAUAUCGAUCUGUUGUACCCUACAGAAGAUAGAAAUGAUCGGUUAAGAGACUCCUAUUUUUUCACCUGUGACUGCAGGGAAUGCAUUACUAAAGAAAAGGACAAAGAUAAAUUGGAAAAACGCAAACUGAAUGAACCUCCAUCAGCAGAAACUGUCCGAGACAUGAUCAAAUAUGCCCGAAAUGUGAUUGAGGAAUUCAGGAGAGCCAAACACUACAAAUCUCCUAGUGAAUUACUGGAGGUUUGUGAGCUUAGUCUGGACAAGAUGGGCUCCGUGUUUGAAGACAGUAAUGUUUAUAUGCUGCAUAUGAUGUAUCAGGCCAUGGGAGUCUGUCUGUACAUGCAAGACUGGGAUGGUGCAUUGCGCUAUGGGGAAAAAAUUAUCAAACCAUACAGUAAGCAUUAUCCGUUAUACUCUCUGAACGUUGCCUCCAUGUGGCUGAAGUUAGGGAGGCUUUAUAUGGGACUUGAAAACACAACUGCUGGAGUUAAAGCUCUAAAAAAGGCAAUUGCUAUUAUGGAAGUAGCACACGGGAAAGAUCAUCCAUACAUUUCAGAGAUCAAAAACGAAUUCAAGGACCACUGAGCCUCUGAAUCUAUGCAGUCCUUCUACCUUUAUUUAAAAGCCUUGCUACCAAACCUACAAGAGUCCUUUGAAAAUCGCUCUUAUGAAAGCACUUCUGUAAUAUAAGUGGCAUGACAAACAUGUUGUGCACUUGCAUCUUGCAUUCUCUAAGGCUUAUGCAAAACAUCUUGAGCCUUUGCAAAUUCUCAAAUGCUUUUUAAAAAGGAAAUGUCAUGGUUUCAUACAGUUCAUGCCUUGGACAGCUCAUGUGCAGAAGACUAAUUUUUUUCCUCUACAAAUUUUAAUGUGUUAGCUGUGUAAAGUAAAUAAAAGUGGUACAUUGUCAUGGCCCUA